AUGGCUUCCAACGCUCGGUACUAUGCCAGUCCCGCCGAGGCAACUAAAUUCGCCACCCAUCUGCUCGCCAAAUCCGGACUAAGCGAAGAAGACGCCAAGUCCAUGGCGGAAUGCUUAGUUCUCGCUGACGUGCGCGGCGUCGACACUCACGGUCUCGCGCGUCUACCCCAAUACCUAGAGCGAGUCAGCAAGGGCCGGGUCAACGCGACACCCCGGAUCCAAAUCACCGAGAAGACGCCGGUGGUGGCGCACCUCGACGGCGACAACGGGUUCGGGUUCGUCGUGGCCACUAAAGCCAUGACCGAGGCGAUCAAGCGCGCCGAGAUCUACGGUAUCGGCAUGGUGACCGUUAACCAUUCGAACCACUUCGGCAUGGCCGCCACCUACGUGCUGCAGGCGCUGGAGGCGAACAUGAUCUCGCUGGUGUUCACUAACUCCGCGAAGCAGAUGCCGCCAUUCGGUGGGAAGGAGGCAUUGUUGGAUGCGGAUGGGAAUCCGACUACCGAUGUGGAAGUCGCUUUGAAUGGUAGUAUGGCGCCGAUUGGGGGACCAAAGGGAUCGGGGAUUGCGAUCCUGAUGGAUGUUAUGUCGGGGGUGUUGACAGGGGCGGCGUUUGGCGGGGAGGUGGGGGAUCAGUAUAAGGAUACGAAGCCGCAGAAUGUGGGCCAUUGUUUUGUGGUGUUGAGGCCGGAUGUGUUUAUGAGUACGGAGGAUUUCAAGGCACGCAUGGAUGUCUUAGUGCAGAGGGUUCAUGGGGUUAGUCCGGCGCCUGGAUUCUCGGAGGUGUUGUUCCCUGGAGAGCCGGAGUAUCGGUUGAGUCUUCAGCGUCAGAAGGAGGGCAUUCCGUAUGCAGAUGCUGAAAAGGCUAUGUUUGCUAAUUCGGCGAAGAAGUAUGGGAUUGAUGAGCUGCUUUUGUCAGAUACGCCACUUUCGCUGAGUUAG